UCUCCCUACCUCACCACAACAACUGGAACUUUUGCACUUAGUCUUUAGAUUGUUGAUAAAUUUGCUGAUAUUGGCUCAAGCUCAAACCUACUUAGACAAUGGAUAUAAUUAAUUCCAUUCCAACUCAUAUGGACUUUGAUGGACAGAAAAGAGCAGAACGUCUUUCAAGAAUUAUCAUAACCUUGUUUGGUGCAGUUGGUCUAGUCUGGGGUUACAUUAUUCAGCAGUUUUCGCAGACUGUGUACAUCGUAGGAGCAGGCUUCGCUCUAGCCGCCAUUGUAACAAUUCCUCCAUGGCCGAUGUACCGCAGGAAACCUCUGCAGUGGCAGAAACCCAGGACUGAGGGUGAGGGAGAAUCACAUCAGAAAACAAAAAAGAAAAAGUAACUUUCUCCAACUUUGUCAAAAAGAUUUUUUUAUUGUUUUGGGGUUGUAUUUUCUUAUUUCUGACUUGAUGAAAGGUAAUCCUAUUUAACACAAAACAUAUUCUGCUAUUGUCACAUUUAUGAAUGUUAAACAUUAUUUCAUGAUUAUUUAAUAAUAAUUACAAUAGUCCUAUC